UAUUGCUUUUUUUCCUGUUGACACCUGGAGCACAUUAAAUCCCUUGUACUUGCGAAUCUGAUUGUGAUUAAUAUCAGAGAUAAAUCAGGAUCGAUCGAUAAUCGAUCCAGUGCACACUCACUCACUCACUCACUCACUCUAUGUGCGCGCCCCUCCCCCUUCCAGCCGGUUUCCAGUCAGCCGCGCGCGGAUUGAGUCAAGUGAACCUACCGAGAGGUGGUGUUGACCGACCGCAGCAGGUUCCUCGUCAGAACCCUGAACAAAUCCAACUUUCUAAGGCAACUGACAGUAACGCCGAGACCUUAUAUUUUUUACCGGAAGGCUCAGCGGUGCCGGAGUAACGGCGACGCGACCGAGAGAGGAAAGUAAAUCCCGGAGAGGAAAGCGCCGAAGUGAGCCUGAGAAGCAGAGCUAAUGCUAACUGAGCCUGCCAUUGCUAAAUAAUCAAACGGAAACUCGACUUUUAUUAGUCGCUUGCAUUGACAUAACCACGGCGGUUAUAAAGCAAAUAGUCGGGGGAUUUUGUUAAGUUAUACGUUGCAUUGCAUUUAAUUAGCGGGCGUGUUUUGCCGUUUCAUUUUAGGCCACACGCGACUGGUUUUCUCUUAGCAAGAUUAGCUACAAUAGCCGGUCUUAUUGAGGCUACACCGGCUCCUCGGGACAGCUGAUAUUCACUAAAGAUAGCGUCCAAAACAACUUCACGUCGGGCGGUAUUAGUGUUAUAAGUUAGCGUACACUUUGUACUGUCUAAGCCUUGUGCUUCGCAAUGCUGAAACAGCAGCAGCAACCCGGCUCCGGCGGGAGAAAAGCGUCUAACGGCACCACGGGCCCCGCCGGUGUGUCUUCCCCAGUCAGCGGCAUCAACAGCGGCAACAGGACCCCGGCCGGGAGGAAUCGAACCUCUGCAAAGCCAUCAUUCCAGUCAUCUCCUGUUUUCGAGGGUGUCUACAACAAUGCCAGAAUGCUUCAUUUCCUCACAGCUGUCGUGGGUUCCACUUGUGAUAUAAGAGUGAAGAAUGGCAGCGUGUUUGAAGGCAUAUUCAAGACCCUCAGUUCUCGGUGCGAGUUGGCCGUGGAUGCUGUACACAAACGCAGCGAGGAGGAGGGCUCGACAUCAGCUCCGCCACGGAGGGAGGACAUCACUGACACCAUGAUCUUCAGUCCCUCCGACUUGGUUACUAUGAUCUGCAGAGACGUCGACCUCAACUAUGCCACCAAAGACACCUUCACAGACACCGCCAUCAGCUCCACCCGCGUCAACGGAGAACACAAGGAGAAAGUGCUGCAGAGAUGGGAGGGAGGAGACAGCAACGGAGAGAGUUAUAAUCUGGACAACGAUGCUUCCAAUGGUUGGGAUGCCAAUGAGAUGUUUCGAUACAAUGAAGUGAAAUAUGGAGUCACGUCAACGUAUGAUUCCAGCCUCUCCAUGUAUACUGUGCCGCUGGAAAGAGGCAAUUCUGAGGUCUAUCGGCAGAGGGAGGCACGCGCCGCUCGCCUGGCCAGUGAAAUCGAGUCCAGUCCCCAGUAUCGCCACCGCGUCAGCCUGGAAAACGACGACGGCAAAACUGAGGAGGACAAGUACAGCGCCGUGGUGCGUGAUGGCAACGAUCGGGAGAGGGGACGCGAGAGCCCCCGUGACAGAGAGCGAGAAAGGGGCCGAGACAGCCCCGGAGCCAACAACAGGGAGGGCAAGUACAUUCCAUUACCUCAACGUCAGAGAGAGAUGAACCGGGAGCGAGCCGAGAGAGGUUCCGGGCCUCCACCCCACAAUCGUCUAAGUGGCGGUUACCGCUCCACCCCUCCAUCCUCCUCUUCCUCUUCCCCGAGACCCCCGCUGCCCUCUGCCGCUGGGGCCCAACCUGGCGUCUCCCCAUCAGAGAGAAGCAGCCCCCUGUCAGGCCGAGGCGGGGCCUACACUCCCCACCACCCCCAGGGAAGCCCAAGCCCAGGCCCGGGCUCUGGCCCCGCGAGCCCCUACACACCCGCCUCUCCAGCGGGACCAGCAGCCACAGGAACCUCCGCUUCUGCUGCUCAAUCCCCAGCCAGCCCUCCUGCCCCACACGGACACACAGUCCCACAUUCCCAUUCACUUCCACACUCGCUGUCAGACGCCGGCAGGCCUGUUAACGGAGUCUCUGCCAGAACAUCUCCCAAAGCCCAAAGAAAUCCACAGUCGAGCAGAACAGUCCGCACAGCAAACACUCACAAUCAGUCUACAGCCACUCGCUCUCCUAAAUCAGCCCCUUCCCAGGACACGCCUUAUUUGGACACAUCAUCUGUCUCUCUGCCUGCCCAGAAGACGUCUGGCCCUGCCCCUCUCUUCCCUGUAGAUGUGAAUGAGAUCCUUGGUGCAGCUGCAAAAGAACGCUCAGCUGAGAGCCCCAGCAGCACAGAGGAAAGCAAGAGUAGUAAAGCUCCCUCAGUUCAGCAAAGGUCACAGAUUGAGGAGCUGCGGAAAUUUGGCAAGGAAUUCAGGCUCCAAUCGAGCGGAGGCAGCUCAAGCUCUCCGAGCUCUCCAGCAGCAGCAACGCCUCCCGCUGUCAGUGAGGUCGACCAACCCAACACAGCCAAACCCUCAUCAGACGCUUCAGAGGCCAAACCUCAGCCUCCAGCUUCCAGCCCUUCCCAGCCCCAACCUCAGCCUUCACCAGCCCCUGCGGAGGACCCCACUAAGGAAACUGCCACAACAUCUGGAGCCCCAGCAGCUGCCACUACAUCAUCAGUUUCAGACAGGCAGUCACCAGCCGUCCCUCAGCCAGCCAGGACCCCAGGAAGCGAGGAGGCCAGGUCUGACACAGCAGAGCGGCCAGAGGGCGUAGCAGAUCAAGUAAAGAAAUCAACUUUAAACCCCAACGCUAAAGAAUUCAACCCUAUCAAACCUCAGAUGCCCAUGUCAAAACCCAACACUGCACCCACCCCACCUCGGCCCACUCCUCCAAGCCCAGUGGUCCUUCAGCACCCAGGAGGACAAGGACCACUCUACAACGCCCCCUACCUCUCCUACGUCUCGCAGAUCCACUCUGUGCAGCCCCCACCAAUGUACCAGUACACCAUGUCUACAGUCAGCCAGGGAAAAUACCCCAGGACCAAAGGCUCAGUCGUAGCUCCGCGCUCUGACCACGGUACUUCAGCACCCCCCAUGCUGCAAGCUGCAGCGUCAGCAGCUGGGGCUCCCCUGGUAGCGUCCCCCUACCCUCAGUCUUACCUUCAGUACAACCCACAGCAAUACAGCCAGCAGCAGGUCAUCCAGGCCAUGACGCCCUACCCUGGACAGCCGAUGUACUCCAUGCUGCAGGGUGGAGCCAGGAUGAUAGGUCAAGGCGGGGGCCCCCACCCACAAGCCCUUGGACCCCCAGGAGGCCCCCAGUUCCCUACACAGGGAGACGGGCCUCAGGGACCACAGCAGGGCAUCUACGCUCCACAGUCCUUCUCCCACCACUCGGGUGCAGUGCAUCAGCCCCAGCCCUCCAGUACCCCAACAGGCAACCAGCCCCCUCCCCAGCAUGCUGCGCCAAGCCCUGGACAGAAUGCCCAGUCAGGCCCACAGCCCCAGUCCUUGUACCACUCAGGUCCCCUGUCAGCACCCACCCCGCCCAACAUGCCACCAGGCCACACGUCUCCGCAGGGCUCUUACCCCAUUCAGGGCUACAGCAUCCACAGCCACCAGGGCAUCCAACCCCCAUACCCUCUGGGACAGAUAGCACAGGCCCAUGUACAGGGAGCCAUGUCAGGUCCUCACCAUUCUGGGAGCCACGGUCAGCCCCAGUUAGUGAUGUUACAGCCUCCUCCUCAGCAGGGCCCCGGCUCAGUGCCCCAGCACCCACAGCACGGACCACAGCAAGGAGCACACCAACACUUCUACAUCGGACAUCCACAAGCGAUGCAGGUUCAAACACACCCUGCUUCCUUCCAUCCGCCUGGAAACUAAAACCCCUCUGGCCCCCCCCCCCACCCACCCACCCACCCAAAUCCUCCCAAAAUGUUCCCAGG